AUGAAAGUACCAUCUUCGCUUGCUAUCGCUGCCGCCUUCGCCGCCUCGUCUGUGGCGGCGCUGGACGCCAAGUUCUACGGCAUCAUCUACGACAUCCAUCCGUCGGAAUUUGAGUGCAAAGACUUCGACACAAUGACCGAAGACUUGAAGAUUCUCAAGGGAGUCACCAACAACAUCCGCGUCUACUCGACUUACUUUGAAUGCAUUACGACCCUGCUCGAAGUCGCCCGUAAGAGCGAUAUCAAGGUCUGGCUCGGCAUGUGGAGCGACGUCGAAACGUCCAUCGUGCACGACGGCAGUGAACAUAAAGUGGUCGAUCGGUUCCCAUUGGAUAUGGCCGACUUCAAGGAGCUCGUAGAGGAUACCGAAUGGAUCCAAAACGAAAACAUCCUCGGCAUCCAAGUGUCGAGCGAUGCCUUGAGGCGGUACUACGUGGAAGGACCGGGCAGCACGACCGGCAGCAGCGACCGCCGCGGCAUCGACACCGUCCUUAGGCACCUCAAAACAGUGCGAAGCUACCUCGGUGACCACAACUUGACGUUCCCCGUCGUGAUCUCCGACACCAUGGACAUGUACUCGAGGUUCCCCGAGUUGUACGAAGCCGUGGACUUGGUCGCUGUGACCGAGCAUGCGUAUUGGGAUGAAAUUUCGCCGGAAGACGCCGCGCACUAUAUCUUCAAGCAGUUCCAGGAACACCAGACCCGCGCGAAGCGCGUCGGCAAACUCAUCCAGCUCUUCGAGACCGGCUGGAGCUCAGGGGGUAAUAUGUCUGACACGGUAGCGUCUCCCCUGGCCCAAGGCGUGUUCACGCAAGACUUUCUCACCCUGGCGUCGCGCCAGAACCUGAACGCGUUCUUCUAUGCCGCGUUCGAUUUAACGUAUCGGACGGAUGAUCUUGAAUCCCACUGUGGCAUUCACGACGUGAACCGCACGUUGAAGCCAGGUGUGAAGGCCGUCCACGUCGGCGCGCCGCUCCAAGCGGUCCGCCUCUGGGCCGGAGACAACGUAAUCAAGGCGCACCGCUACUGGAACGCCAACGACUCGGUCAACGAGAACUUUGGCCGCGUGUAUGGUGCGAAGCCGUCCGUCGGUCCUUCGGGCGUCUUGGACGACGAGAUCUGGCUGUGGGACAAAGAGUCCAGCAACUUGUACUCCAAGAGCUCGAAUCAGUGCUUGGAGUCUUUUGGGGAGGGCAACACGCAGGCCCUGCGAAUGAGACAAUGCUCCAAGGACAACCGCGAUCAAAAAUGGAUCGUCGCGAAUGGCAACCUUGCGAGUCAAAACGACGCCAACUUUUGCGUUCGAGUAGACGUGGACCCAACGACCCCCGACGGGAACCUCGUGGUCGACAUGUCCCCGUGUAACGAGCAACGGAAACAUCCGAUCUCGAAGUUCCCGGUAGCCCGCGAGCCCCUCGAAAUCGGCAUUAAGACGGACGGCGGCGUGCUGACCGAGUUGUCCGGCAAAGUGACGUGGCAAACCACCCGCCAGUCGAACGCUGAAAACCACCAGUGGCUGUACGACCCUGUCGCCCAGAACAUUAAGAGCGCGUCGAACAACUUCUGCUUGGACGCGUCCAAGGGCAUGGACGGUGAACAUGUGGCCUUGGCCGAUUGCGCUCCUGCCAACGAGAACCAGAAGUGGGACGUGAAUGAUAUCACGGGCCAGAUCCAUCACGCGACGCACAUUGGGUUUUGUCUUGGCGCCCCCGACGAAGUCGACGAAAUCGUGUACUUGGCGUGGUGUGACAAAGACAACGCCAACCAACAGUGGAACGUCAAGCUCGUCAACGCCAAAGCGUAGGACAGCUUGGGGGCACGCACAUGCAUGAAUGUAUUGGUGGAGCAUCAACACCGUCAACGCCAAGCGUAGGGCCGCUUUGAGUCAUAGUAUAUGCAUGAAUAUAUCGUUCAUUCCAAGA